GGAAAUGACAUUUUAUUCCUUGUAGUCAGGAAGAGUCUAAAGUGUUGUGCUGAGUUAACCUUGUGCUGGUAUCAGGUUUUGAAAUAAAUAUAUUCAUUAGGUGUAGAUUACAGGUAUUGAAAAAAGUGCUAGAAUGUCCAGACAAGCCAGCAGAGCAUCGGAGAGCAAGAAAAUGAAUUCAGAACUUUUCACUUUAACAUAUGGAGCGUUGGUUACACAGUUGUGCAAAGACUAUGAAAAUGAUGAAGAAGUCAACAAGCAGCUAGAUAAAAUGGGAUACAACAUUGGUGUAAGAUUAAUUGAAGAUUUUCUAGCUCGAUCAAGUGUGGGAAGGUGCCAUGACUUUAGAGAAACUGCAGAUGUUAUUGCAAAGGUAGCAUUUAAAAUGUAUCUUGGUAUUACCCCCAGUGUAACAAACUGGAGCCCUGCAGGAGAUGAAUUUUCUCUGAUUCUGGAAAGUAAUCCACUUGUGGACUUUGUAGAGCUGCCAGAUAACCACAGUGGGCUUGUAUACUCCAAUUUACUUUGUGGAGUACUUCGUGGGGCCCUUGAAAUGGUACAAAUGGCAGUGGAUGUGAAAUUUGCCCAAGAUACAUUGAGAGGUGAUAAUGUUACAGAAAUCCGAAUGAAAUUCAUCAAGCGUAUUGAAGAAAAUCUCCCAGCAGGGGAGGAAUAAGAAUUGGAUAAGAUUUGAAGAGAGUGGACAGUGAGUCAGAGUUGAAGGGGGCGGCCUGCAGGCAGCUGUUCAAGGCCUCCUGACGAAUCCUCCAGUUUGGUUUGGUUUGCUGUGCCAUAAGUUAUGGCAAUUCCUUACCAAAUCUACAAAAUAUUAUUUAUUUUACACUGUUCUUAGUAGAGCAAAUAGUUAAAUCCUAAAGCUUCAGUUUCUUUUAAUGUUUUUUCUUGUGUAUAUAUUUGCAAAAUGCAUUUUACAAAAUACUAAUUGAGGAGUUAUGAAAUAUAUACAAGCUAAUGAGACUUGUAUUGUAAACCAAAUUAUUGGUAUUUUGAUAACAACAUGGAUGUUAAGGAAGAUUACAAAUAUAAGAUAAAUAUUGUACUACUAGUACAAUACAGCUCUUCCAUUGUUUGGAUUAUUUCAGAACAGAUGGAUGGGGAGUUGUUUGUACAUAAUAAGAAAUGAUCAGCCUCCCAAAUAGUGUUGAAACCAUCCCUCUGCAGUGCAGAUCUUGUAGGUCCUCUCUAACAGAUUAUACACUUUUUGUUUUUUAAUAGAUAUUAAUGUAUUUCUUGCCAUAUAACACUAUGUUUUAGUUUUUCUAUGUCCUUAACGGAUGUGAUUUCAGCUCCGUCAAAUUGAAUAAUUCUUUCCCAAUUUGUUCACAGAAAAUUCCUGUUUAUUGGUAUGUAAUGUCUUUAUGUGGUUAAAUCAAAUAAUUUGUUAAAAUUUAUUUAAAUUGUCUACACUUAAGAAAUGCUUAUGUAUGUUUAAUCAUGUCUUACUACGAAGAGAUGGCAGGAUUAUGCAAGCUAAAAAAAAGAAGUUAUAUUAAACUCCUACUGGCACAUUACAAAAAGCCCUAAUACCCAAUACUCGUCCACCGGAAUUGGUUCGAUUGGGACUGAUGGCUGGGUCAAGUUAGUACUGCUAGAUCUCUGACAUUCAGAGUGAUGGAACCACUGUUGUCUUAGGGGCAGUACAUAUAGUUUUUUCACAAAUCAAGAUAUUUUUAUUUAAAGUAGGUAAUUUAAACUUUUUUUGUUAGGUGCCUAUGGGUCAGUCAUUAUUUCUUGGCUAGGUAAUGUUAAUACUUUACAUUAGACUGAUGUUCUCAUGAUCAAAAAAUACAUAAGGACAAGCUGUGUUCAUUUUACUGAAGAAAGGUUUUUAGCUUUUAAUAUGCAAACACAAAAAAUGGGCAGUGCGAACAAGUUCUCUCUAUAAAUGAAUUGGAGUGUUGCUUGUGUAAAGUUUCUGAAUUUAUAUAAUUCCAUCAUAGGAUUGGCUAAGAAAAUAAAAUUUAAUUGUUGUUAAUAUUUAAAAGUACUCUUGAGACAUGUUUGUUUUCAGUUUUAUCACUUAUACUAAAAGCCAUUCAUUAUUAUUGUAAUUGGCUUUUUUAGAAUUGACUGUUUACUACCUGCCUGUUUGCUUCUUCCAUGGAUUUUGCUUCUUUUGGCUUACUCAGGGCAAAAAUAAAUAAAUAAUAACUAGGAGAGAACAUUAACAGUGGACCACAGCAUUGUAUUGUCAUCAUGGCUUAUUAAUCUGUUGUUAUUUGAUAGCACUAGGUUACUAACAGAGGUAGCUUACUUCCAUUCUGUCUACAUGGGCAGCUCUAUGGAUCACACACAUUACAGUGUGUUGGCUACAGUUGUUCUCAUUUUUUUAUUUUUAACAAUUCCAAAUUUAUUUUCAUUGUCUAAUAUCAUGGUUAGUUCUCAUUUCUUUUCAUGUAACUUUUACAUGUUUUUCUGUUAUUACUCAGUAUUCAAUACUGUAUUCUCUUAUGUCAUUUGUUAUGUAUUCCAUUCUUCAGCUCAAUUUAAUUGCUGACUGGUGCUUGUUCCACCUCUGUCGUGUAAGACAAUAUAGCUAGUUGGGCAGUAAACAACUGGGAAAAAGUUAAAUACAAUUCCAUAUAUCAGACAUUUUGUAGAUGGAGUGUAUCUAGUUAAUUCUAACUAAUUCUUAAUAAAGAUCUAAUUCAGUGGUUUAAAACAUUAAUGUAAUCCAGUAAGUCUUUUCUCCAAAUAAAUCCUGUCUUGAUUAGAUGUUUUAGGGAACAAUUGCAAGAAUUCCAUCAAUAUAACUAGAUAGUUUAACUAUUUUCUUUUUUUAAUCAACAACAAAGAAGAACAGUGCUGUGUGUAAAAGUAAUUCUAAAUUUGCAUUGUACAUACUAAGUUAUAGCGGGCUGCAUAAUGGCUGGAUACAACAAAUGAGAAAAAUCUGUAACAGUCGUAAAGGUCUGAAGACUUCGUGUAGUGGUGAAGAGAGCAACUACUUAUACUUAAUAAUUAUGAUUGUUGUUAAACUUGCAGUAAUUUGAUAUUUUACACACAUCAGAGAAACGUAUCUCAGCUGUUACUUUGUCACAUGUGUUGAUAUUUUCCAUAAUUGCUUUCUUUACAGAUAUGUUAAGAUAUUAAUGAUUCCCUCUAAUUUCCCAGGCCAUUCACACCUGCUAUUUUCUCAAUUCAUUUGGAUAUUUUUCCUGCAUCUCAGUAACUCUUCAUGUUUUCUUUUCUUCCUUUCUUUCCAAUUUCAAGUGAGCAUAUGUUAUAUUUAUUCUAUGUUUCGUGGUAGGUACAGCAUGUCACUGACAAUGUUUGUUUGUUUUCUGUGGGCAUUGAAAAUCUCACUUGUUAGCUCUAGUUGAUUGAUCUUGGCUCAUCUGUUGCAAAAGCAAUAUUUUCCUGUAUUUUUUCAUAUUUCUAAAUUAAAGUCCUGCAAUAACAAUAA